AUGUUGCUCGGCCGAUGGUUUUCCAACGCAUUAGUAGUGGCUUCUCUGCUAAUGAUGACCACUCUUGCAGCAAAUUGGUCUUCGAAGGAGCUCUACUCAGGGCGACACUGUGCUGGAACGCCCAAUUUAGUCAAAAUGAUUAAGACACAGACUUGCGAUGUCGAAGCCUGUACGGCAAACAGCUUAGAAAACCACACGCUGUUCGUGUCUUCGUCGUGCAACAUCACUGACCGGUUCACCUACGCGGAAGAGCGCUUUAAAGGGCUCAGCUACGUGGUCAUGGAGGAGUACGCGGGGAACCGGUGUCAGGAAUUGAUCCAGACAACUGUCUAUCCGGCGUCAGGCACUUGUGAGAGAUCGUCAGCUUUCGCAAACACGUCCGACAUCGUAAGCCUUUUCGAGAAUGGCACGGCGGCGGUUUUUCUGUAUGGAGACAGCGAGUGCGGCAGUGAACCUCUCUUGGAAUUCCAGGUCGACAGAGAAGAGAUCUUGCGCGGUCACUGUGUCCAAGGCCAUUAUAGGUUUCACACUGGACCAGCGUCAAAACGAUCUGGUCCCAGCCGGCUGGGAGCAAGAGCUUUUGAAAACGGUAUCACCUGGGGCGCUUUUGCUGCGAUCGUGGCUGGAACAAUCGUUUGUGUUGUACUGGUGGCUCUGGCUACGCUUUGGUGUUACCGUCGCCGUAACGAGAACGGCUUGGCUGAGGACGGAGCCACAGUUCUUGCUUCAAUGUAUACUGGCUGCCCGACACCAGAAUGCGCUUUGGAUGCCAGCAUGCUUGGCACUGAAUUAUCCUGGACGGAGGAACACAUGGCAACCAAGAAGACGCCACAUAGCACGAGUACAGCAAGAAGCGGUUUGUGGUUCGACGAAGUCAUCGUCACUGCUCGUGUACCUCGCGAGAAAGUUCUUGUGCAGGACUUGAUCAGUCGAGGAGGAUGCGGCGAGGUAUACAAGGGUCUGUACAAUGAGGAGGUAGUGGCUGUAAAGAUGUUGCUGCCAGAAAUGCGCAAGAGCAUUGGCCACGUGAAUACCUUCUUGGCAGAGGUCAAGCUGAUGGCAACAUUGAACCAUGAACGCAUCGUAAAGUUCGUUGGUGUUGCGUGGGACUCGCUCACUGACCUCUGCAUGUUAUCUGAGUACAUGAAAGCUGGGGACUUGCGGACACUGCUGAAAGGGCAUGAUGACCGCAACAAUCCGAUUGGCUUUGACCGCAACAAAGCAAAGAUCGCCCUCCACGUCGCUCAUGCUCUAACGUAUCUCCAUUCGUUGUCCCCGCCUGUUAUCCACCGUGACCUCAAGUCGAAGAAUAUUUUGCUGACGUCGGAGUUGGAUGCCAAGCUCACUGACUUUGGCGUUUCUCGAGAGCAGUCCGACUUUGGCAUGACUGGCGGUGUCGGAUCGUCCUGGUGGAUGGCGCCAGAAGUCAUGAUGGGAGAACAGUACGACGACAAAGUCGACAUGUUCUCUUUCGGCGUGGUGCUGGCUGAACUAGACCAGCACGUUCUUCCGUAUACCAACGUGAAGGAUUACAGCGACUCUGGUCGGGCUAUGCCGGAAUUGGCAAUUCUGCAGCUAGUGGCGACUGGCCGACUUCAGAUCGAGUUCUCCUCUGCAGUCCCAACGGUUAUCAAGGAACUGGGGCUCGCCUGCGUGUCUGUCCACCCAAAAGACCGACCUACUGCAGCCGACGCGCUGCACCAGCUCCACACUGCCUUAGCCAGCGAACUGUUCGACACACCUUGGUAUCCCAUCCUGUAA